UGAGUAUAUUAGAAUAUUAAAAUUUUCGUUAUAAAAUCCGCGAUAUUGUUAACGAUGGUCGUCCCUUUAGUGCGCCCCGCGGGUCGCGACGUCCGUGUCCGCACACGAGACCGCCGCCGCGCCGAGGCUGUGCGACGUCUAUAAUCCCCGUACGAGUGAGUACAUAAUAUAAUAACAUCGCGGGAUUUCGGGAUGCGUUUUCCCGCGCAAAGCUCGUGUUUGUGCGGUGUAUAUUUAAAUCGAAAACCGAGAGACAUUUUAUUUCGCAUUUUUCAUUUUAAACGUCUUUUCCCCGCUCCGUUUUUGAGAGGGGGGGGCAUUAAUUUGAAUGUUCACCGCGGUUUUUAAGUUUUACGGGACGACAUUGAAUUCGCACGUUUCGACUGCAAAUCGCAACAAUGAUCUCGCUGCAGUGUAAUAAUGCCUACACUAUUCCGGAAUUCGUUAAAAUUAUUCUAGUCGAAAAGGUUUACUUUUCGAUUUAUGAUGUGCGAAGUACUAGCAUUAUAUUUAGAUAUGUUUAAAAGGGGAUGUUUUUUUUUUUUUGUUCGUGUAUUUUAUACUUUUAAAUCUUUAACCGUUUAUCUGUAGGUAUAUCGAUUUGCUCGGUAUUAUUUUUUUUCCGAUUUGUUCGGAAGAAUUUUAUAUUGCAUUACUAGGUCAAAAUAUCGUGCUGUUUCUUUUUUUCUUUUUAUGAAAUAAAAUAAUACAUUAAACACAAAGUUUACAUCAGGUUUAUUUAUUCGCCAUUUUAAACUUUCGAAUAAGCUCUUGAUGUUUUUUGCAUUAUAUAUAAAAAAAAUAAUAAUAAUAAUAUUUAACAUUUCAAUAUUAGUAUAACGUACUAUUAUAUAUGUACUGUAUUACCCAUUGCAGUUUAACCAUUUAAUUGCGUCGAAUUGAUUUGCAUUUCAGUAUAACCGACCAAGCAGGAAAAAACGACUUGUACGACCUACCCACUUAAAAUUAUUAUUACUUUGUCGUUGUUUUUUUAUGAUUGAAAAUUUGCACAACAUCCGCAUGACGUACCUAUAUAGAUAUUUAUCUGUAUUUAAAUUUCUAAAUAUAUAUUUAAGCGUUUUAAAAAUAAAAUAAACUUUGUUAGUCUACAUAUAAAUUAUGUAUCUACGUAAAUGCAGUCGACGAUUUUUAAUACCAUGGUAUUAUGGUAAGUCAUAUCGAAAUUAUAGCUGACUCCAGGAAGAAUUGUAUUGAAACAAAUACUCGGAGUAUUCUAACCAUGGGCGUAAAAUGCGGGGGAAUAUAGUCCUCUAGAAUCUAUUCUAGCCUCCUCACAAUUUCUUAAAGCUUCCCUGAAAAUGAGCAUACUGUAUAUAGUUUUCUCGUUAGCCUUAUUUUUUGCAAAAACGUACGGAAAUUUAACCCCCUAAACCCCUUCCCCACAUCCUACGCCUAUAAUUCUAACAUAUGGUUGUGAUUAUGAACAAAUACGAAUAAAAUAGACCGGAGGCCACGACACUGUAGUUAAAGAUAAUAGUUACAAGCUAGAUACAAAGGAGAACUAUAGCAAUAAUGAAAGUGUUUUAUAACAAGUAAACGAAAAGCGAAAUCGUUCAAAGCGCAUCAUUGAGAGGAAGACAAAAUAAUCGGAUUAAAUCAUCCCUAACACAAACAGUGGAGGAUUUGGACGGUAAACGGAGUUACCAUUUUACCACAAUUUACCAAUUGAUGAAUUAGCGUACGCCCCCUGUAAAUAUAGUACAAAUACUGAGCGUACAACUUUUUUAUUAUAUAAAAUGUAUCAAUUAUCUGUAAGUUUUAAGUUAGUACUGUGUAACAAUCGGGUUAAAUAGGAUUGGUUAUUACCUGCGAGUAUUGGUUAACAUUUGUUAUGUUUGUUCAUGUUGUUGCUAAUAUAAAAGUUAUUAUUAUUAUUUUUUUGUUAUACAUAUGUAAAAAGGUUUAAAAAAGAAUAUAUUUUUUAAAAGUAUAAUAUUGUUUGAAUACAUUUUGUCAUUUUUUUAUAUUCGACAAUGGAUUUCGUAUUAAAUUAUGUAAGUUUUUUCGUCGGACGUUGGUGUGGGUUUAUCAUCUUAUAAGUUUCAAUUUGAUAGUAAAAAAAAAAAAUUAAUUAAAAGAAUUAUUAACUUAAAUCCGACCUGUGAAAUAGUUUUUAAUACAUAAAUAAAAAUGUAAAAAAACUGGGUAACAAAAAUAUUGUUUUUUUAAAGUUUGCCAAUUUAUGACUGUCGUACUAUGCAAGAGUCUUGUGAAAAAGUUUUUCACGAACGGAGCGACCGGCUUUUCGAAUGACUGAAUCUGAUUGUAGUUUUGUGCUUAUAAAAUUACAAUAUCCGUUGCUUAAAUAUUCAUAAACGAGCGUAUAGUUUUUUUCUUUCGAAAACAACACAACAUAUUUCUAGGAAACUAUCUGUGAUAGGAUGGUUAUGGGGAGAAGAAGCGAAAGGAGACCGAGACCGUUUCUUUAAAGACAGCGAGACAAGAGAUUGAAGUGAUCACUUCAAUCUCGCUUCGUACACAGACCUGAAGAGAGCAGCGAAUUGCGGAACGGAUUCGGCUUGGCCUUUUGAAGCUGAUGUUUAGGGAAGUUAGGAUAUGGGUUGCUGCGAUACAUAUACCACGGAUUACUAAGAAAAACCGAGGACCUCAAAGAACGGAGAUCUGCCGUUAACCAGUCCAUGCGGGCUGUUAUAACGCAAAAAAGUGAUACAAUUUGUACGUAACAUAUUCGCAAAAUUGGAUUUAUGAUAAAAUAAUAGCGUGGGUAUAUUGUUUGACGGAAAAAAACGCGGUGAUUCAUAUUUCGUAUAAUUCGUAACCGUAUAAUAGAUUUUUUCGAAAUCAAGCGAUAAAUACCUACAUACCUACUCAUAAAUACCUAUUCGCGUAUUAUAAUUAAUAUAAGAACAACGCGAAUUAAUUUAUUUUAUACUGUCUACCUUGUGUAUAUUAUAUUUUAAUUUGUGCACAUCACUUAUUUCAACAAUGUCGUUAUGCAUAAUAUUUAAAUUAUAAGUAUCCGGAUGCCUGUAUCUAUCAAUAAUUAGCUAUUAAAUUAUAUUUUAACGAACGUCUCGGUGAAAUUACGGUCAUACAAUUAAAAACGCAUAAUAUUGUAAAUCGAAUAACGCACUCUCUCUCUUUCUCUCUCUCUCUCUCUCUCUCUGUCUAUCAUUUCGCAGCGUUUCCGCCGAUAAUUUUAAAUUGUAGUCAGGCGUAUACGCAAAACAAUUUCGAUUAAAUAAACGACUAAUAAAUGUAUUACAGCGCAUAAUUGGCACGGGCGUCCGCAGGAAAUCGAUCAGGGAUGGGCAUAAUAAAACCAAACGCCAAAAAAUUACUUAAAACAAAAUUAUAAUAAUUGCCUAAUUAUAAAAAUUAUAUUUGAAAUUUCGGAGUUCAGAGGGAGGCAGAUGCCUCUUCUUGCCCCCUUCCCCUCCGCCCGGGUGUCCGCGGUGCAUAUUAAUUAUAAUAAAAUCUGAAAUAUUAUCACCGUUAAUUUUAAAACCAGAAGAAAUCGCAUUCAUUUAACUCAAAUAAUGAUAAAAUACAAUUAUUUCAAAUUACAAUUUUUAUGUAAUUAUGAGCCGAUUACCGCUCUCUUUAAGCAAGGUGGCGGCGAGAGAGGGGAAACAUGUAUCUAUGUCGAAUCGAAAACACAUUACAAAUAGGAGAUACGACGAACUGUUCGAAAAUUAUUCCGUGCCGAUUUCGCGUGGUCACCAACACGGUGUUCUGUGGCGGGACAGAGCGGCCUUGUUAACGAAAACGAAAAAUUUAAUUAAAUUUUUUUUUCGCUUUUCGAUUAGUGCGGGUCUCACAACAACCGUGAAUUGGUAAUGGUCGAAAGGGUCAACACCCGAACUAACCUGACAUUUUUACGUUUUUAAUGUUGUAACAUCUCCGAUUAAAAUGCAUACCCAACGGUCGUUCGUAGUUAUCACUCGGCCGGGUCUGCCGCGGCGACCAGAUCGAUUGGCGUGUGGCGAAUUUCGGGAAUUUUUGGUCGAACACCCGUGUCGAAACGUAAACGGGAAAAAAAUAUUUACGCGUUACAAUAACGCGCGUACGUGAUGUCUGGCGUAAAUGCCACGGUCCCUGCACUCGGACCCGUGAUAUUAUUUACACGGGCCUAUAAUGCACGCUGAUACAGCAGCCGUUUAUUGAACGCGUAAAGAUGCGAGACAAUACGCAUUACGGUGCACGGGGACGUCGAAACGAGUCGCGUUUCGGCGUGUCCCGGACGGGGAAACGAUUCAAUCGAAAAAAGGCGUACAUUUUUUUUUCGUUUUUUUCCUCUCUCCCGCCGACCGCCGGCAGUUGUCGGCGAGAGCCCACUCCGACAUUACAAUGUCCUACUCAGUUAUGCGCCUACCGCGUGUCGUAGACGCGUACGCAACGUUAUUGUACUGGCAGUGCCGCGGGAUCUGUCGAUUUCGUGUCGCGUUACGACGGCCGGCCGUGACGUUGCGCCCGACGAGGUUGCGGCCAUGCGAUACGGAAACUUGACCGUCUCGGCCGUUGUGGAUUUGUUUACGUGCGCGAACUUGCGCGACCACAAUCGCGUCGCCCGUAUUAUUGUUUACACGGCGAGCGCGCUCUGGUAAUCGCGGGUUAAGUCGUUUUUAACGACACUGUUGUUGUCGUCAUCAAAACCGCGCGUCGGCGUGCGCGAACGGUAACGCGGGGAAACGAACGUAAAGACGUUUCGCGCGGUCGGUCGUUUGAAAACCCGUAGGCGAUGUCCAAUAGCGACGCCGUUUUUUGUUUUGUUUUUUUUUUUUCGAGGGGAGAGGAGGGGGUAGAAAGCGCGGGACGCGCCCUUGCGUUUUUCUCGUCCGCGUCUAUUAAUGAUCUAGGUGUUAAUCGAUACUCUGGCCCGUGUUUUAAUUUUUUUUUUUUUUCCGUUUAUCGAAAUAUUGCGCACAGCGACAUUACGUUUUGACAAUUUUUUUUUUCCGGCAUGGGGAAUUGGCCUCGAUCACGUUCGCGCCCUCUUAUAGGGGCUGUAUGACAUGAGCGCCAGAGGUGCCAAAAUGACGUAUCAUUUGCGCCAAAAUUAAUAUUUUGUACAUUUUACAUGUGUAAUAAGGAAUUUAAAAAUAUUUAAAAUUGUCAACAAUCGAAUGUUAGAUUAAACGUUUGGAGUUCUUGAACGAUAUAGUUCUAAAUUGAAUAUCACACAGACACGGUUAAUAAAUACAUCAAUUACCUACAUAACAUGUAUUAUAUAUCUAUUAAACAUGGCACACGGGUAUGCCUAGGAUUUCGGCGCUUUCAUACGAUACGAUAUUUUUUUUUCUCAUCUCAUUUUGGCGCUUAUGUCUUCCACCGCUCAUAAGAAACGGACAUGAUUAUUAACGUGUGCUAUUGAUGUGGGUCAAUUCGUACUUACUAUAGGUGUCGGUACUGUAUAAAGAAAGAAAACAAAACAAAACGCAAUAUCGUGAUUUUUUUUUUUUUUGUUAUCUAUGAACGUACCGGAUCGAGGUUUCUGGUGUUAUCAUUUCGUUUUUGGCGGUUCGACCGUUUUCUUUUAUCAUUGAUCGUUACAAAAUACAUGUGCCAGGAUCUCUUAUGCGGGCUUGCACUGUUGCGUACUUAUUCACCAAGAAAUAAUUAUACCAGUGGACGGAUACCGUUGAAAGGUACUCUUUGUGUUAUACAUGUAUAACACGCGUAAUAAUAUUAUAAUAUCCAAUUAAAUAAAUGGCAAUUUCUUAUUUUGUGCAUUAAAAUGUUGUAUUUUACAAAUACCAAAAAGAGUCCGAUUUCCGCGUCUGUUAAUAAAAUUGUUGUAGCUGCGACGUUACACGGUAAAGGAAUUUUCCAUUUUAAAGAACCGGUGAAAAUAAAUGUCCUCCUUCCCCUCCCCCACCCCCUCACACCGAUGAGAAAAGCCUAGGUACGCCAUUGAGCCCGAUAUUAGCAUAAUAACUCAUUUCUCAAUAGUCUCAACGCAGUCUGGGUGUAAGCUCAGUAUAUCGCCUGACCACGGCGUUGUAUGAACGAAGUGUUUUUAAUUGGACCAUAUUGUAAACCGCGUUUUUAUUCCGUAAUAAAAAGUUUAUGUUCGGUUUUUGUUUUUAUGCUAAAUGCAAUGCACACAUUAAUGUAACGCAAACUAUCCCACGAAAUACGUCUAAUUCAACGCCGUUGUUGAACCUUCGCGGAAUCCGUUCUCAGGCUAUACACUUCAAAACAGAUUGAUUACCGCCGUCGCGCGUACACUAAAUAGACCAACAGACAGCGCGUUUGAACUACGGCGCGAGUUAUACGCUUACGACCUACCCACCGCGGCGUUUUCCGGCGAAUGAUCAUUUUUUAUAAACGGUUUCGGAGUUAUUCGAUUCGAUCGUCGGGAACGGACGGGCCGCAGUUCCGACGAAUAAAAUCGAAACCCCGUCCAAUAAAUAAAUCGGAUCGUUUACUCGGAGACAUUGAUGUCGCGGUGUCGCAAUUGUAAUGGAUUUCGUUCGAAUCGGUUCCUGUACACAUUACGCAAUAAUCUAACCGGAAACCGUUAUUGUUUAAACGUGAACCGCCUAUGUAUUUGACGGGAGCGCGGAAAAUCGAACACUGACAAUGGCAACAUUUGGAUUUUAGGCUUUUUCCAAAUUUUGAAUUUUGAUUUCCCGAGUCAUGCUAUAUGGCCGUCCAAUUUUAUUGAUUAGUUUCAAGUCGGAAUUACAACCGUAAGAUAUGCCAUUCAUUUUUAAAUUGUUGAUCUCAGACGUAUUCGGUACACAACAUAACCAAACCUUAUCUAACCUAUCGAAAUUGUAUUGUUAUUUCAAUGUUUCAAAAUUAAUACAUUGGCGUGAUAUCUCUUUAUUUUUAUAGCUCGUCGGUUUUUCAAGAGUCUUAGCUGUCGACGCAACUUCCUUCCUUUUUGUUUCUAUCUCCGAUACAUUAUUCUCAAUCAAUAUUUCCUAUUUUCUCCGUGGGUUUUUUUUUCACUCCGUCCGACCAACGUUUUCCGGGAUCCCCUCUCUUGGCCUUUUAACUAUUGAUUUCCAUUCUAUACCAACCCCGUGUCCGUUUUCCUUUUCCUCGCUCAUUGGAUGUCCAAAUCGUUGCGGCCUUCGUCUUUUGAAAAAAGUUUGUUAUAUGUACGUUAAUUAUUUUGUUGGCUCGUGGGUUUUCUUUUUGUACUUCCUACGUUUUCGUCUCGUUUCUAUUUUAAAACACUGCAUAUCGAUGUCAAUAUUUUGUUUUCUAAUGUGAUUUAUGUGAUGAUUAUAACACUAACGUUACGAAAUACGCCAGUAGCGUUAUUGGAAGUAGAUCUUAUUACUAACAUGCUAAAUUAUUUUAACUUUGUCUGUUUCGCGAAAAUCUCAGACCUACCAUCACCUCAAAUGUGAACGAAUUCAAAAUAUAAUUUCACAAUUUCACAGGGUUUUCGGUAUAAAAAAAUAUGUGCCAUUUGUACUUAAUUAGAUUUAAAGUUACAAUCAUAUCGUAUUAAGAGGUAUACACGGUGUCCUACAGCGUUAUCCAAAUGAUAUAAUAACUCUUUCAAUGUUCAUUUUUUCCCACCAAGUUUUAGGUGUCAGGGGGAAAUAAAUGUAGAGAAAUAACUUUUUAUUUUUUCACUUUUUGAAAUUUUCAAAAUAGUCACUUUGUAAAAUACCGAGUGAUUCAUUUAACUGGGUACACUCAUUAUCUCGGAAAAAAUGAACCUUUUCUGGAAUUCGUUUUCUAGAACACUUUAGAAACAAGCUGCUCCAAAAUUGUAUAAUUGUGUUAUUUUUUUUGUCACCAUUAUUUUCGGGGGUAAAAACACUACCUACUUUUGAUUUUCAAAUGGCAACCUAUAAUUAAAAAGUCCAUAAACAGAUUGAGUAUUAGUAAAAAUAAAUUUUAGUGUUGAAAUCUUUGAUUUCUGCCGAGCCGUUGACGAGAUAUAUGACUUUUAAUUUAAGGUCAGAGGCGAUUAGUGGCGCAUUAUUAACACGCCGAGCGCCAAACCGCCAUACUAAUGAUACUCCACCACUCUCGUCCAACCCAAACUUAAAAGUGGAAUAUCUCGUUAACGGAUCGACGGAGAUUUGAAUGUAUCAUGCAUUCAUAUCCGAUUAAUAGUUUCUCAGUUAAAAAUGAUGAUAAAAAAAUGAUGGUAGGUAAUAUUCAAUAGACGAUAAGGAAUUACCGUGCUGACUAUGACUCCUUAUCACGUGACGUGUUAUUCUAUUGAAAAUUAAUAGGGGGGGAGGGCAUUGGAAUUUCGAUUUUGCGUAAUAUAACCACUAAAAAAAAAAAUUGAGUUCGUUAUACAUAAUUAACAUAUUUUAUAUUAAGAGAACGUGUCACCUCCCGUAUUUAAGGGGUUGUGUAUAGGCAAUUUUCUCGAAAUAUUUGAAAAAAUGUCAAUUCAAAAAUAUUAAAUAAUCAAAUUCACUUUCAAAUACAUUUGAAUCGGCCAUUCGAGAAAAUAUAUAAAUCGUAAUUAUUAAAUUUAUGGUAAACUUUAAGUCUUAAAGUGCAAUACAGCUACGAAAAAUGAUCUGUACCUUAAACCUUAAAAGUAUAGUGAUGAUUAAUGUCAUUUCCUUGUAUAACACGUAUCUGUCAUCAGAGAACCGAAAUCUCGUUUUAUCGAAAAUAAUGAUGUUUUUCAAAUGACCGAUUUAUUUACGAAAAAAAGCCCCGCGUUCAGUGGCGUGCCCAGAAAUUAUCAAUGAGAGGGGAUGUAUAGCAAAUAUGAAUCAUGAAUAAAUUAUAAAUUCGUUUUCUCCAUCCGAAUUUACUGUGGGAAUUGGUAAUUUAAAAGCUGGAUUCUAAAAAAGGCCAUGAUUUCUAAUCAUUGUAUCAAGUUUUUCCUCGUAACUACGUUGAAAUAUAUACAUUUCGACAUUAGAUUACUCAUUGUUUUUUGUAUUUUAAGCCCAAUGAGGGGAUUAACCCCUAACCUCCGUCCCCCUGUGCACGCCACCGACCGCGUCUAUCGUAAAUAUUUAUUGUAAAAUUCGUGAAAUUAACAAAACUAUUUAUGAAAAACGGUUUCGCGCGGACAAAAAUUAUUCGGGAUGUUCACUUAGUUAAGAGACCGAAUUUUCGCAAUAAAAAAAUAAAGAUAAUUUUCACCGUAAAACGAUGGCUUUAGAUUUUCGUUAUCACUAUUCAAAAAUAAGUUCUUCGAGAUUGAAAACUUAAAACUAUCAGAUUUUUAAACAAUAGGUUUUUUUUUUCUAUUUGUAAUAAUUAUUAUGAUAAUACCGCAAAAAUAAAACCAACGGUUCAAGUUCUCCUUAUUUCUACGACCGUUUAAAUUUCUCAAUUAAUAUUCCAUAUUCCGAGUAAAUUUUUCCCCGCGCUUAACGGUUUUCACCAGUCGAAUUGCGUGCUCGUACGUUUGCUUCUCGAUUGUCAUCUCGAAUGGAUAAAAAACAUUGAACACGAAAAUAGUGACGUUUAACUCGUCGUCAAUUUAUAAGCUAAGCCACUCUUCUUUAAUUAAGGCCACUCUUCCCUGUUCGGAGCCACUCUUUUCAACAAAACAUAAGACGCACAGUUCACGAGUUCUUGGAUUUGUUCGAAAUAUUGUCUUCUUGAACGUCCUCUUGAUAUCUUCCCAGUAACUUUUACGUCCAAACAUGUUGGUCACUGAGUCAUCGCGUCAAAUGACGUGACGUUCAACCAUUUAUUAAAAAAAAAAAAAAAAAAAAAAAAUGACAAAUUCAAAUUACACUUUCGACAUGUAUACAUUAUGCAAGUCGGAUCAUCGUAUGUAUUUUAGCUCUACAAAACGUAGCUAAAGAAGAUGCAUGACGCAUACAUAUACUAACUAAAUACCGGUUCAUAUAGUUUCGUGUAUUAUAUUUUAUAUGUAACCGUUUUUACAUUUUGUUUUUUUUUCACCUAAAAUACUAUAGAACGGCCAUUUUUGUUUGUUUUACUAGCCGACACUUCGACGCGAGUAUGUCUUCGGACAACGAACCGACUUGGAGGACGUGCAGGAAAGCCGUUUGGAUGUUAAUUCAAAAUUCUAACAAUUUAGCCGACGCUCAAGAUUUGUUGAACCGACAAGAGGACCAUGAUCUGCAUAUCGCGAGCGGAAAAUGUUUUAUUUUACUACUGGUCAGUCGUUAUGUUAUAUAUUUUUACUAAAAAAAGCUGUUCUAAAAUAAUGGGAACGGAUGCUCCCACUAUCGUAGGCGGGAAAUUGGGUAGGUAGGAUAUAGACGUGAAUUUAAUGCAUAUCUGUACGCAAAGAUUAACUAUUGCUAACAAAAAACAAACGGUUCUAAGCGGAGUUCGGUUGAUAGUGUUGCUCUGUGAACAAUAUUAUGUCAUAUUAUGGUGAAAUAAUUACAAACGUGUUAAAAAUUUUCUUUAAUAAUAUUUGUUAAUAUUUUACCUAUUUCUCCGUUUUUCCCCCGGUUUUGUCUAGUUAUUGGGAAACUCAUGGGAAAAUCAAAAAAUGACCUCCUUAAAGUACCACCCCAGUCAGAUUUCUUUUUAGAAAAAGUGCUAUCAUUGUAAAUCGAAACAAAAUUUCUGAUAGAAAAGUUGUUCACGGAUAGAAUAAAAAUAAUAGUAAAUAAAUAAACAUCAUUGUAAAACCAAAACAUGGCUCGCUCCGUUCAGAAUCUAAAAUGUUCGACCAAAUAACACUAAGUACACUAGUAUAGGUACCCAAAUGGCGUUUUUAUUUAUCGUGUCGCGCCCGGACGGGUUUCCGCCGAUUUUCCAGACGGCCAUUCGAACGCCGGAAAAAUCGUGCCUGGAGCGCGCGCUGGCCGAGUUCAAGUGGCUGGAGUCCCGGUGCUGCCCGAAGACGGCGGGCGGUUGGCUGAUGACGGUCAGGCGAAAACUGUUCCCGUCCAAGGCGGCGGGCGUCGACGAUUACGACAGGCAGAUAACGCUGGCCGACGCGACGGCUUGCAUGGUGGGCCUGACCGUGGUCGGGCACGCGGACGACGCUUCGGUGACCACCGCGGCCCGGGCCUUGUACGCGUUGCGACGCGCCUGGAAGAUGUACCAGCAGUGUUACGCUUCCGUGCUGAACUUGUACCGGGACGUUUACGACUUGGACCCCGGUAAUUAUCGUAAAAAAUGAAAAAUCCGUGCGCCUGCAGUAGGUGCGUGGGAGGUUUUUUUUUUAGUAUUUUGAAUAGCGCGAAACUUCGCUGUUGACCGCGGUGAAAUUCGUUCGGUCCGGGUUUUUCGCGGGCGUAACGAUUGAACCGUAAAACAUCACUGAACAAAUAGCCGAUACUGACGACCGACGGGUGCGCCACUGUUGCAGGUGCAAAGUCGGGACGGUACGAUACGCGUACGUACAACGCCGUGUUUUAUUUUCGUUUAUAUCUGUACGCGCUACGCUUAGUAAAAAAAAAAAAAAAAAAAAUUAAAAAAAACUACUGUCGCAUUACGCUAUAAUCGUUAUUUUCACCGUUAAUUUUGAUGUACUCCGUGUAAAAUUUUCAGCGAGAAACGAGAGAAUCGCCAGUUCGUAAUAAGUGAAUCACACCGUAUGUCACGCGUAAUCUAUUGACAGGCCCGUAAAACUACGGCAGUGGCGGUUUUUAAUCAAUACAAUUAUACCUAACAAAUACAAAUUACGCGAAACAACUCGCGAAAUAAAAUUGUCCGUAAAUAGUUCGAAAAUGGCUUUAGGGUUUUGAACAUUUUACUACGUCGUCCAGUAAAGACCAAUAUAAGUUUUCUGUCCAGAUUUCAAGCGUCUACGGCUAUUUGAAACUGAAUGACGACAAAAAAACAAAAUUGAAAGUAAUAAAAUAAUUAUGUUCGUACAUUUUCCCGUUCUUUCUACGGGAUUUUUUUCUUUAGUUUUGUUCAAUUAUUAAGAAAACCAACAGAGAAAACCGAAACGACUUUCUUAGUCGCCAACUGUAUUAAAAAUGCAACGAAAACGGUCUCUUGUAGUUUUGCUUUUAUUGAAGUAAUGUUUCCGAUGGAACGCACAAAGUGUAAACAUUUAAAAUAAUGAAAUAGCAUAACGCCGUGAAUUUAUCAGUUUUCAUUUUCCGUCUUGUUGCGGUUUUUCCCGAUUGCUGCAAAAAUGUAAAGUCACGCAAUCUAAAUAGUUGUCCGAUUAUCCCUGUACGUUUUUUUUACGAUUUUUCCCCGGAAAACGCCCGAAAAAAUAAAACAACCGGCUCGGAGUACCCCGAGCAGAUAGAAUUUCGUUUUGAGAAAAUACACACGGUACGUCGGAGCUCGAUUUCUAUUAGAAAAACCGUUCGCGGAAGACGGAAGCCAGUGGCCCGCGCGCGUUUUUUCGCGUUUUCGACGUCGCGACGGCGCUUCUAUUUCGGUCGCGCGGCCGACCCGCCGCCCGCGAAGACCCUAAUUGAAUUAUUAAUACGGCGCGGGGGGGGGGGGGGGGGGGAGGUGGUGGUGGCGGCUUCGUGCGGAACGGCUCCGGGCCCGCGCGCGUAUUCGAUUCGAUUCGAUUCGAUACGUGCCGCGGCGAACGUCCGCCGGGUCCGGGCCCGUUGUCCGUGCGAGCGCGCCGUCCGUGGAAAAACGCGCGCGCCGCUGCACGUUUCCCAUGUACUGCGCCGGCGGUUUUCAGAAGACUCGUUUCGACCGCGGCCCGCCUCGCAUUUCCGCAGCGUUUUCACGGCGCGCCGCGGCCACCGGUUUUCGUCCGUUGCGGUUGUUAGGUUUUUCGCACGAACCCAGAGUUGACAACGACCUGCGAACGAAUCGUAAUCGGAACGUUGUACGGUUUCGCGCUGAACGAGCGGUUCGCCGUAACCCGUGACCGGUGGCCCGUCACAGUGUUUAGGCAGAACCGGUUUCAAGCGACCGCGGCACGCCGGUUGGAAAACCGCCGCUCUAGGUCCGAUUCAAGCCCGGAUUAAGGGUGAUGGGGGGAGGGGUUCCGGGGAGGGCCACGGUUCGCGGACCGUCGGACCACCAGGGCCCCACCCCCCCCCCCAGUUUCGGCCACGGCGUAAUAAAAUGUUUCUUUAUACGUGCGCGUUUAACCGUUGACUUUGUACAUUGACGAUGACUGGUUCGCGUAAUUAUAAACGGUACAAACGCCAAAAUGCCGGUGACUGUGAAAAAUAACGCGUUUCCGUUUGUUCAAACAAUACUCGCGGCUUGUGAACUGAGUACUGUUUGUACGUUUUGCGCGUUACGCGUUUUAUUAUUUCUCUGUUCUGUCGAAAAACAUAUUGAUUAGGAAAACCGUUUUUUUUUUUUUUUUUUUUUUUUUUGUUUUGUUUUAAAAGAAAAGAAAAAAACCGUAUUAUAUUCCUUCGGCGAGAGCGUCGUUGAAAAGUUCGGCCCCCGGGGCCUCUAAACGUCUUAAUCCGGGCUCCGCGAACGAAUUCGAUUCCCCCGACCCACUCCCAUCCACUCCCCCCCUCCCCCCCUCUCCCACGCCAUCUCCGUCGGAGCUUACGGGGAAAAAACCGGAGACCGUCGGGCCCGCCUCUUCGCGGCACGUAAUGCCGCGCGCGAAAAGCCCUUUCGCCGCCGCCGUGCCGUACGCGCGCAAAACAGCGCGCCCUUCCCCUCGCGUAUCUCGCGGACAUCCCUUAUUUUUUUUCUUCACUCUCGUUCCCUAAUUAUUAUGUAUGCUCGCCGCGGGAUAGAGCCGUGCCGCGGUGUCAGCGAGCGCCGCCGCGUAUCGAUUUUGACGACACCGCGCCGUUGAACCCGCGGCCUUUAAACUCUCGUUUUCCCGCCGCCCGUCUUCUCGCUCGCCGUCGGCGCGGCGAAAGCAAACCGUCGUCGCCCCGGACGCGUAUGACCGAGGCGCACGCGGUUAGAGAACCCCGCGGAAAUCCUGUUCUCCGAACGGCUGUGAUCCCAACAAGAUGGACAUUUCAUUGACCGCAAUCACGAUCAGUUCGUGCGAACUAAAAAGUUUUUGUUUUUUUUUUUUUUUUUUUUAUUAAAACACCGUUCGUAUUAGAUUACGUAUAACCGCACGUGUGAAGGAAAUAAUUUUUUAAUAAUUUUAACAUUUAAUAUCGAUUAUUUUAUGAUGAACUAUCGUUCCAUAAUUAAAUACGUUAAAAAAUUCAAGUCUUAGUGUAUCCUACAAAACAAAAAUAAAUAAAAAUAAUCUAAUGUAAUAAAAUAAUAUGAAUAACACACAAACCAUUUUUUACCAGCUGAUAAUGAAUAAUUGUUAUCUCGUUGUGAUUAGAGCGAAUCGGCGAACAGGAUAUCCAUAAGGUUCCCUAACAAUGUACGUUUUGCUGGUAUGCGCCCCGGACGUUUCUCGUUCGCACUCGUAUAAUCUGCAACAAUAUCGUUCUGUAGAAUCGGACGAAUGUUAUAGGGUUUUUUUUUUUUUUUUAAGAAAUGUAAAUCGAGCCAAGUUUUCCUAGUCGGAUCGAUUCGACGUCGCACCAAUAGGCACCCGAACAUUUACGGUUCUACAUUAUUUAUCGGUGAAUCGUAGGCUGCACGGGACCGGGGAAAUUUCGAUUAUUUUUUUUUCAGAACGCCAUCUAGCGUAUAGUAAUAACAUCGAGCUCUGUAAUUAUUUGCGUCGGGAAAAAUUGUACGCGUAGUUUGUUUUCUCCGUCUGCCAGGCAAAAAAGACGCUCCACGCGCCGACGAUCGCGACUCUUGGGUCGAGAUAUUCGCGAAGGGUCCUGUAUACGUAGGAGAUGCCUAGUGUUUACAUCAUUUAAAAAAAAAAAAAUAAUAAUAAUAAAACAGCCGAGUAACUAGUACUCGAGUAAAUAGAGUACUCGUGUUGACGUGUACAAAAAAAAAAAAAAAAAAAAUGAAAAAUGUCGAGUACUUUAAAUCGACUCGAGAAUUUUUCCAGAGUCGAAUACUCGCCCGAGUCUAUCGAGUAAUAACGCGCUAAAAAAGUUCGCGCUAUGUUCAUUAUGCUGUUUCAGACCGGAACGUUCCGCAAUGGCCACCGGUGUUGAAGCGCAGACGGUCCGUCACUUCGGCUCCGGCUUCGAACAUCGGGACUCGCAUGCUCCGCUCGGCCACCACGUCGUUCGAGACGUUGCGACGAAAUAGGUAAUGUCACGACGCGCUAUUGUCCGAGAAUGAGUUUUCACAUGGCGACUGGGUUCAACGGAAAAAUUCGAUAUUCUAAACGAGCGGGUUCUUGACGCGAGCGGCGGCGCCCCCUAGGGGGGGGAUUCCGGUCCCUCGAGAAGGCGGUAGGUUUUGAGGGGUCGUUGGGCGGACGGUGAGCUUACACGUUCGGAACGGCGGUAAAAUAAAAAAAAAAACGCCGGCGUCCAGCGACACGGCAUUGUCGCACGUGGAGCCGGAUUGAGUUUUAAUAAUGAAAAAAAUGCAAAAGAUUUCGCUGUAAUAUAACACAAUAAUAACCCGUAUAAAAACGGAUAAUCGAAAAAAAAAAAAAAGCAAAAGACCAAUAAGGAAAUAACAAGCCAAUAGGUUUGCGCGAGAGGGUGUCAGCGGUCAGUUAAACCGGUGAGGGGGCGCUGAAACGGAAACAGUUAUUAGGAACCACUGUUCUAAAAUAAAACGAAAUGAACUGACGCCGUCGGAAAAAGGCCCGCGACACUCUCUAUCUUCCCGUGUUAAGUACCACGACCUCGAGUCUCCGAAAUCAUUAGUUUUGAUACCGAUAUUCAAUACGGAUCAUCAAGUUGCGAUAACGUAACUUGGGUGAAAAACCGUAAUCUAUCUGAUUGAUGCGGGGGCCUACGUGACUCGUAGGUUUAGAUUUCAGACCAUAGGAAAAGAAAACCGAACAGCCGAUUGAGUGUCAUCCAUGCAUUGCGCGUGUUCCGCGACGGGCCAGUUUAUCAAUCAGACGAACAAUCCGAUGGAUUUCGAUGUUCUACGUCAAAUCCGAUUAAUCUGAUUACUAAUCAGAUUGUUUGUCGGUGCACCGGAUCGCCAAUCAACAAAAUAGUCGGUUUGCUAGACGGCAGAAAUGUAUUGUUUAGAUUUAGUUUCGCAACGUUUUUUUUUUUUUUUGCUAUCCGUUUUACAUUUUAAUAUGUUCAUAAAAUUGAAUAUAUUUAUUUAACGUUUAUACCGUAAUCCAAUUCAAUACGACACAAUGCGUUUACGCAUCAUCAGGUUAACAUCUAUUGUCGAAUAAUUGUUUAGACCACGCGAUAGAGCACUCUGUUUGUCAAUACGCAUCGGUGUUCGUUAACGUUCAAUCGGCCGUACAACACCGGGCGUUUCGUCCGAUUGAUAACCGAGGUUCCCGAGCGGAACACGCGGAACCCGGGACAUGAUAACACGAGGAUUCGUGCGGGUACACAACCGGUGCGGUGUACCCGCUUAAAUCGGACAACGCCGUCCGCCGCCGAUCUGAUUAGGUCGGUCGGAUUCCGUUUGCCGCCGUGGCCCGUCCCGAACGGGGGAACGUUCAAUGCGCUGUCUGGAGGGUGGCCCGUCCGCACCGCGUCCGCGCGUUAACGAUUUCGAUCGGUUCGCCGCCGUCGCAGCGGUCACGUUAUUGUUGUUGUUGAUGUUGUUUGCGUAGCGUGCCCAAUGCGGACGCGAUGCCCGACGACGUGGUCAGGCUGAUGGCCGCGGUCAGCGUGGGAUACGGAGCGUUCAACUUAAUGGUCUCGCUGUUGCCGCCGACCGUGGUGUCCGUGAUCGGAAUGUUGGGUUUCCGCGGGCACCGUCAGACCGGACUGGACGCCUUGGCGUUCGCCGCAAACGGCCCCGACGUGCACGCGCCGCUGGCAUGGUGAGUACCUUGGCCCGUACGCGCGACGCGGCCGCGAGAGUGUCGCUUGUCGAUGUUCAACGGCGCAUCGCCGCCGUUGACGGGAUUUCGGUCGGGUCGUUGGCGUCGGCGGCUAUUACGGCCGGGCGCCGACCGGUUCGCGUACGCGGACCCGAUCGCGCGCGCCGGCUGUCAACCGUUACACGGGCGGGGGCCCGUCACAUUGGCGCGAACCCCGCUCCCCGAACCGACGGGCCGUCGGCUGUCGUUCCGCUCGCGCGCGCGUGUUACGUGAUUUUCGCGACGGCACCCGCCGGCGUCGUAAUCCCGAAAACGAUUCGCACGAAAACAAUGAUUCCGGACCGCGGUUGUUACGGUUUGUAGAACGUCAGUUCUCGCCGCCGUGCGGGGGGGCGCGCGCGCGUCUAAACGGAACGUCCGGCGAGGAAACGCGGUCCGGCGGGGUUUCAUUUCUAGAACGGAACCGCGUGAGACCGGGGCCGUCACCGGGGCGAAAAUCCGCCACCACUCACGUGCCGGGCCCCACGCGUUUAGCCGAUCACGGCCGCCGAUCCCCGGGUUGAAUGUUCCGUCUGGUCGUAUGAGCAGUCGGCGACGGUGACGAUAUUAUGUUAAAAUGUCGACAAUCGCACGCCGUAAUCUGUGCUACGGUUCACCGACAGAAUUUCAAAUAAUUCAACGGAUACGACCGCGGUGCGGUUCUGACGUUCGCCGGAGUCGUUCGGGCGUUCGGUGGCCGCGAUAAUUGCGAUGGUAAUAAUAAUAAUUUCCGUCCCGCGUAAAACGGGCAACAGGAUUUUACGGCUCGAGACUAAUGCGGCUGUAGUUUUUCGGUAAAACGAUGGCGGCAGUAGGGAAAUAUCGGGGGGAAAAAAUCCCUCAAUGCUGUCGGUGAAAUUCGAAAAAAAAAAUACGAUAAUAAUUAUUUCGUCGUACGCGUGCAUUAUCCGUUCGAUUCGACUUCCGGCGUAUUAAUCGAUAUCGCGAAAACUAAACGCGAACGAACACAAUGUACGGGCAAUGCGUUAGGCAUUGUUAUUGUCGACGCGAUGCAUUUAACCGCGUUAAAAUAUACGGUCGCACGCCUCCGCACAUCGAUGCGCGCGUGUCGCACCCCGGAGCCGAAUUUGUCCGAUUAACGGACCGGCCAAGCGAAUUUCGGCCGACCCGUAAGACGGGCGAAAAAACGGCUGGUAAAUGGUCCGUUCCGUGCGAAUCAAACAAAACAAUACAAUUACAAUAGACGCGUACAAAUAUUUUCGACUGUUUUAAAAGCGAUAUUUUCACUAAAAAUUAUGGUCCCGGGGACGGUCAAACGGUCGAUCGCAGAUGAUUUAAACGUCGAUCUCCGUUUUGUUGGAAUUCGUUUUUAUGUACUUGAUUAGUAGACGAACAACAAUCGCUGGUCAUUUUUAUUUCGUUGUAAUUUUAUCACAUAAUACAAUUCAACGGAGUUCAUCUUGGCAAAUUGUAUUUACAAUAGAACGCUAUUACAUCAGUAUUAAUAACUGUGCGAUGAAAAAACAUUAUUUUAACUAUACGUUUCAGUUUUAUUUAUUCGUUCGUGCAUAUUGAUCAUUAAUACCUAUUAGGUAAUUAAAAAUUAGACAUGUUUGUUAGGAAGUCGGUCCACAAAGGAAAAUAUUAUAUUCAUAGUAGAACUCUACCGAAAAAAGUUGGGCUAUCCAAGAAUUGUACGAAUCGUUGUACAUUUAUUAUCGAUUAUUUAUAAAUAUAUUUUCCAAUCGAACGCAAAGAAAAUUAUUCGUUUUAUGAAUCGGACGAAUACGCCUAUAGGAUAUGAUAACAAUAAUAAUAAUAAUAUUUAUUUACGCCCGCUAUGAAACGUGUUAUACAAAAUCGUUACGUUCAUAAAUUAUCACUGUUAGGCGUAUUUAAACGGUUUUAGAUUAUAAAUGAAAUGGUGGCUUUUUGUGUAGCGCAAAAUAAAUUAUUGAUCCCUGUACCUAUAUGAUAAUAACUGUUACUCGUGUUUAUUUAUGCGCGCUGCCGGGCUAAAAAAAAUAUUCAGUACGAAAAUUACGAAGACGGGGUUGAUUAAUUUUUUUUUGUAAAAACUUCAAUUUAAACUAACGAAAUCAAUUAAUUCGUCGUCUUCUAAUUCUUCUCCGUGAUAUUCGGCUAAUAACGAUUAGACCGGAGACCUAGAGAACUAGCGUGGUUCUUAACGUGGGCGGUGAUGAUCCCUCGUAGGAGGGGGUGGUAGGUUUUAAGGAGGCGUUGAGGAAGGGGCGGCGAGCUUUUAAAUUUAGAAUGACGGAAAACAAAACAAACACCAGCAUCUAGCGACACGAGAAAUCAGAAAAGUUAUGUACAGGGCCGGAUUAGGUUUAUGAUUUAAAGUUGCAUUCGAGAUUCCAUGAAAUAAAAAAACAUGUGAUCAGCAAACGAUUCCUGUAAUAUAGCAUAAUAAUAACUCGCAUAAAGAUAGAAAAGCAAAAAAAUAAAGCAAAAGCAAUAGACCAAUAAGGCAAUAACAAUUAACAAGCCCUAUAGUUUUGCGAAAGAGGGCGUUAGCAGUCAGUUAUCUCGGUAAAGAGUCGCCGAAACGAAAAAGGUUAAGGACCACUGGAUCGGACCAUCCCGCCAUCAUAUAAACCUCUCUGUUAAUUACCGCAGCCCAUCUCCGAUCAGCUGCGGAUUUUAGUUUUCCGGAAAUAUUUUUGAAAAUUAUAGUGUCGCUUUAAUCUCGGAAGCCCCGCGUUCGAAUGUUGACACCUUUUACCCGAACACUAUUUUAUUCAUAGAUAUUUUAUGCAUAAGUCGCGCUCGGUCCGUUUUAAUAUUUUUAAACGAAUAUAAAAACAAUUCAUCAGGGCGAUCCUGUCGUGGUACCGUAUGAUGGGGAACACGGAUUUCAUGUUCGACGGUCCGCAAUCACGAGAAAGCGAAUCUCACAUUAUUGAAUCGGAACGGCUGGUACGUAACCCGCCCGAAGAAUUCCAAGACUCCACGUCCUUACAAUACUUCGUCGGGCGUUUGUACUAUCUCAAGGUGUGUAACAUUUUUUUUUUUUUUAUGACUGUAUAUUACACCCCCUACCGCUCAUUAGUAAAACAUAAUACUGUCAAAGUGUAAGUGUAUAGCAUACACAACGGUAAACUUUAAUUGGUUUAACUCGACCCAACGUUUUAAACCGUAUAUAUGCACCAGGUUUUAAAAAAUGUCACGGACGCUCUGGGCGUCAUGAUCUCUAACGCCAUUUCUAUCCGCGACUCGCGAGAAAAAAAAUGUGAAUGUUUCACCUGCCUACAAAUAAAGAUAUAGUUGUGUACUAAAUCGUAGUUGGUCGGGUAAGAUUAGGUUAGGUUAUCAGUUACCAAAUAAAUAACUAAAGUGUAUAUAAUUGUUCAUCUUGCAGUUUAAACUCACAGUUUAUACUUGAAAAUAAUACCUGCUCAUAAUAAUAGAUAACUUUUUUUAAAUAUACUACGUGUUUUGGCAACGUGUAACCACGUAUUUAUGUAAAUGCGUUUUCUAAUUUCAAAAUAUUAUUAUCACCUACGACCGCUGUGGUAUCUACAAUCACAGAACAGUGUUACGACCACGAUCUCGUAUCAGUUGCGUUGGAUUUAAUCACACAUUUAAAAAGUAAAUAUUUAACCAGUGCUGCAUAAUAUGUUAUACUCGUACUGGUAAUCUAAAUUACGUCUAAAAUAUAACGUCUAACAUUAACGAUGACGAGCCCCCGUGCACUCGUGUAGAUGGCGCCUAUAUGGUAUCGACAGUAAUUAUUAUUGUGUGUGUGUGUACUUGCAGGGCGAUUUAGAGGAAUCGAUAAGAGCGUACGAGUUCGGCUCGACGAUUGUCGAGUACUGUUUUGUAAAUAUGAAAGCCAUGUAUUCGCACGAGUUGGGCUUCAUGUACGCUAUUAGAUUGGAUUGGACGGUCGCGUGUAGGAAAUUCGCUAGUCUAGCGGGCGACAAUGAAUGGAUGAAGCCGUACCAUUACUUUAUGGCCACAGGUAAAAGCGAAAAAAAAAAAAAUAAAAAAAAAAAAUACAAUUUAGCCUCUUUAACGGUGCGCGGAGAACGUCGUUUAUAUUGUCGUUUACGAACCUCGCUUAUAUAUGUAUACGUAUAAAACGGUUUGUUUAUGUAAAAAGUCGGGUUUACGUUGUUCGCGCGUUACGGCUGCGGGUUAACUGUCACGGCGGAAAAAAAAAAACCCCCGGUAGAAUAUUCCGAAACUUUACUUUGAAAUUAUUAUUGUAUACGUGCCUUCCGUUUCAUAUCGGCGCGCCGACGUUAUUGCAGUACAGAGAAUAAAAUAAUAUCGUUCCGUUUAAAAGUUUCCAGGAACAAUACGUACGGUAUUGUAAUGACGACGGGAACGUCGACGUCACCCACGCGAGUUAUUUAAAGGUUUCUGCAUAAACCGUUUGUUAAAAAUACGAUUUUAUUUGUUGUACGUUACCGGUCGAAAUAACCGGCAGGCGUUUCCCGCGUCCGACCGCGUUUCGCAAACAGAAAUCGAAAACGAUUCGAUCUGACGUGUCUCCCGGUUUCCGCCGUCAUCCCUGCGGCCGCGGUAAAUCCAUAUUAAAGUCGUUGCCCGGCAAUUUGUCUUUUUCGAGAAGGGUAUCCCUCGUCCUGCGACAGCCGAAUUGAAUACAACAAUGACUGAUUUUUUUUCGUCCGUGUCGAAAAAAUAAAAAAAAAAAUAAAUGUCUUCUUCUUCUUGUUAUUAAGCCGCCGAGCACCAUCCCAUUUCGCGCCCUAGCUCCCAUCCUUCUCUGUCCGACGCUUAUUCUUUCCGACCCGCGCGGAGGCGGAGGCCAAGUAUUUCCACGCGUUCUCGACCGGAUCCCCGUCCAUCUUGUUUUGGAUCUUCUCGGAGGUCUUUUUCCGCACGGGGUUUGUUCCGUUACUGCUCGUUAUCUGUUCGUUCUUGCUUCUCCAAACACGAUCCGCCCAUGAUAGUCUUCGCUUUCUUGUUACGCCUACUAUAUUUGUGUUUCGCAAUAAGGUCUCCAGUUCAGUAUUUUUCCUCCUGCUGCCAUUCUCCGCUGAUACAAUCCCUAAUCGGGCCGAAGAUUUUCCUCAGAAUAUUUCAAUAGUAAACAUUUGGAAAGGAACCUAUGUGUAUCAUUAUUAUUAUAUUUUGUUCGGUGAUAUAAUAUCGCCGGCACGCUCGUCUGUACAGAGAUUGUUUUCCGGAGGUGUGUUCGAUACUAAGAUUUCCGAUACUACAUGAUACCUAAAACAACGGCGUAAUCCCGAAAAACGCACACGAUCAAUUUACUCGAUCAGUAUAUUAUUUUAAAAACUAUUUUCAUUAAAAACUUGUUCGUCCGUUUUGAACUCGACGGGGUUAUAAUAAUCAUUAUAUAUUUCGGGAAGUAAAAAUUAAAUAUAAAACUUUCUUUGCCGUGAUCUAAACUCAUAACGUAGCGUUUUGACGGUAAAACAAUAUAAAGGUAUUAUGUGUACCUAAUAUAAUAUUCAUAUUUCGCCGACGAAAACUUUUAUGACGAUUAAUUAAUUUUGUUUUCCAUUAUCGCGUCCUAAACAAAAUAACUGUACACUAUUUACAGUCCCUUUUUACAAACAUAAUGGUUCCCAUUUAAUCAAAAUCUCCUUCAACAGCUAGUGUUUACCGUUGCAAAAAACAUCUGAAGUUUAGAUAACUUAAGACAUAUUGUAAGUAUAUAUAACUAUAAAUUUAAGGGUUUUUUUUUUUUUUUUUUUUUAAACGUUUAAAACUUAAUUCUAGUUUUAAUUGAAUCUUCCGCAAACAUACCCGAAAAGUAUCCGAGAGUAAACACGUUAAUUAAAAAACACAAAACUAGGUAUUUUUUUUACUCCGUGACUUUAAAACACAAAUAUGUAUAUUAUUCUCGAUAGAAUGGCAUUCGAGUUUACAUUCAAAAAUGCAAUUAAUAUCUUUUCAGAACGCGUAGGUAGUGCAGGGUUGUAUAGGUUUUUUAAUAGAAAAUGUCGUUGUUUGAGUACUUAAAGUAUUCUCCACAAUUCACUAUAUACAUUUGAGAAUACAAUUCAUACUUGCGUAGCCUUAAGUUUUUUUUUUAUUAUAUUCAUAUUCAUGUGUUACACUGUGUAUAGCGUUUAUCACGUACACUAUUGGUGUCAGUCUCAAUGCGGUUAAGAUAAUGUUAUAAUAUUUUUUUCUUCCCUUGUCGUGUAUAGUUAAAAUUCUAAAAUUAUUCCGAUGUGAAUUUCGAUGCGUGCAAACCCGCCGAGAGUUAUCCCAUAAGGUUCUGUAUAAUAUAUGAACUUUUAACUUUUCCAAUCGAUACGCGCGUACAAUGGGAUACGGCCCCGUGUUCACUGUUUUACGUAUAGUAAUGGCUUUCGAGUCAGGGAAACAAAGACAUUUGGCGAGAUUCUAAAUAGGACUUUAAAGUUUUCAAAUAUUAAAGGAUUUCCUCACCGCGUAUAUACAUAAAAUAUAUUAUAUAUUAUAUAUAUAUAUAUAUGCAGAUAAUGCAUUAUAUAUUCAUACAAAAAGAAACUAUUUUCAUGUUAAUAUCGGCCGGUUUAUUUACGAUAUUUUUUACGGAAAGUAUAUUUGUAUGCAUUAUACAUAUAUUAUACAAGCUCUCGGCUGUGCAAGAUCCGUUUUCUUCGGUUUUGAUACCUGUAUCAUUAUUAAAAACCUUAAAAAAAAUAUACUAAUUAGUUUUGUUUACAGGCAGUAUUUUUGCAAAACGCCAGAGUUUUAACCACGUUAAAAGUAGAUAAAUAAAUAGGAAAUGGGCGAAGGUUGUCGCGAUGUCGCUUGAAUAAAAAGGUAAAUGUCCGAACAAAAGGUUGACCGUGAGUUGAAUGGCAUCAAACAAUAGAAACGAACGAACGACGAUGUCAGGUUCUAACUAUAAAAAUCAAAUAAAACAAAAUGUGAAUGUUCGACAAGCAAUACCUAUAUUAGUGUUUUAUUAUAACUAUACGAUUUUCAAUUUGAUUGUUUCUCAAACGAUCAACGUCGUAAAAGUUGUGUAAUAUUCCUUAUAAACGUGCCAUGGUUUCUUUUUUCCAAUCUUCUGUUAUUUUGCCAAAUAUCAUAUUGUACAUAGUAUGCUGACGAACAAAAUAUUAACGGGAAGGCAAUCGCCUUAAUAAUGAAAUUAUUAAUCUAAAUAAAAGUAUGCAUUGUAAAAAACGGCAAAUAUAAUAUUAUUGUUGAACAUAAAAUACAAUUUACUUCACCGCACACGUUCAACUGGUUUUAUCCAGCCAAAAUGUGGAACGGCCGAUUAUUGUUAAUUAUUAUUAUUGAAUGACGAUUUUUCUCUUUUUCACUCAGUUGGAUUUUCUCUGUACAAUUGACUCGUCGUUUCAAAGUGUGUACGACCCGGGACUUGGGGCUGAUGUUCCUCUUGUGUUUUCUUAAUUACGGGAGAAAAUUGUGAAAAAACGGGAAAAUAAGUGCAACACCAAUUUCUGUUAUUUUUGAUUUUUUGUUUUUAUUCAUGGAAAAACAAAGACCUAAGAAUUUCCAUAGAAUGCGUAUACUAGCCAAUUUUUCGUCUUCCUUUAAUACGUUGCUGCUAGUUUACUUUUCAUAUAAAUGAUAUAAAUACGCCCUGUGUACAGAAGAUAUUAUUUUAUUAGUCCGUAUAAUCACUUCAAUAAUCCGUGAAUGAAAUCACUCUGUAUAACCAAUCGUAUGACCUAAACAAUUUAGCACACACCUAAUCGUCGGUGUCUUUUUUUCGUUUAGUGUGCGCCGGCGCGGCGGGCGACGCGGCCACGGGCGAACUGAUGUGGCGGCGGGUGGACGAGACGGCGUCCAAAAGCAGGUGGCGGGGCGCAGAACGGGACAUGGUCGGCAGUUUCGUGGUGGACAGGAAACGCGCGGUGGCCAGAGCGCUGCGGCGGAUAACGGCGGCCGGGGAUGGCCAGCGGCUCUGUCGACUGCUCGUCUUCGAGGUGCUGUACGUCAAGUACGGCGCGGCCAGGUGGCCGGAGAAGACGCUGCGCGCGGUUCUAGCAGGUAAGCGGUGCGGAGUUUUGUCAAAAUUUUCGCCGGACCCAGUUUGAGUUCUCCGCCGUGAAACCAAUAACCUUACCUAAAAAAACGACGAUGGCAAUGUGAAUGACCGCAGACGCGUGCACAGAAAAACAUUUCGAGAUAGAUUUAUAAUUGGAAAAAAGUUAAACGUUUUGAACUUAUAAACUAUAGUAUAUGAUGCGUGUCCCGAAUUUAGGGUACUGAUGGUCUGUUCCCCUACGUACAUACCUGAAUAGUCCCCAUGUCGAUUUUCGGGAGUUAUCGGCUUUUUCGCAUCCUGAACCCAGGUGGUUUGAUACCACAAAUGAACCCAGGUCUAAAAACAGCACCACGAAUAAUACUAUUAGUAUUGAGUGUCCGGACGAAAACAGAAUAAACAAAUUGAGGGUCACCCCCCGUUGAAGUUCAGUGUGGCGUUUAAAGUUCCUAUUUCCAAAAAAAAGUUCAAAAUAUUGAAAAGUCACUGUAAGGUUAGGUAUAUUUAUUAGUGAUGGGCAACAAUAUCGAUAAGUCGAUACGAUAUCGAUAUUAUAUCCUACAUCGGGAAUUAUUUGAAGCUAUGAUAAAUAUUAAAUAAUAUCUGUCGUUAUAAUAUUAUUAUACAAAUUAUAAUGUAAUCUGUAAAGUUAGGUAUUACGUAGUUUCUUAUAGUUCAAAAACAAUUUUUUUUUUCGGUUUCCCUAUAUUGUUGUAUUCAAUAAUAUAUUUUUCUCACCGGUAAAAUACGUUUGAUAUUUGAACAAGAUUUUCGUAUCGAAAAUAUUUUCAAUACGAUAUCGAUAUCGUACAACUCACGAUACCUUACGAUAUCUCGAUACAACAUCGGGAAAAUCGGAACGAUUUCGAUACCCAAAAUUAUAUCAUUGCCCAUCACUAAUAUUUAUAUAAUAUUUUGGAAUUGACUCGGAAACUCAUAUUAUGUCCGUGAAACCAUAUCGUCUCUUCUCAAAAAAUAAUUUGAUAGUUAGUCUAUAUUGGAUAGGGCGUUAGAUAAAUCAGGUUAGGUAAGAUAGGGUCUUAGGGGCCCAAUGCCUGAAUUGCUGUGAUAAUUUAUCACGCGUGAUAAUCAUGAAUUAACACACAAAUAUCGAAACUAUCGUAUUUUGGUAUUCCGAAAUUAUUUUUGAUAAUUUACCUUAUGAAAAAAAGUGAUCAAUUAUCCCUAGGCAUUAUGCUGUUAAAUUUGAUUAUCACGGUUAUUCCGUCAUGUCAUAAUGUAAAUAAGUAUGUACAUGCAUGAGUAAAAAAUGUUGUAUUUUUUUUUAUUACCUACUUAAUUACAGCUUGUACUUACUUGUUAUCGUUUUGUUCAUUGGAUUAUUCUAAAUAUUAUAAUAAUCUAAAACAUUUAAAUAUCUUUUGGUAAUAAUGGAUGAGUUUUAUAUAGAUGCAUUAGAAAAUCUAGAGCGACAAGAAAAUGCUCUAAAUUAUGGAAAAUUCCAUCAAGAAGAAAGGUUUGGUGUGUUUUAAUUUUCAGAUGAUAUUUGUGUUAAAAAUUUUAAACUCGAUAAAAAUUUAGUGAGAUAUAUUAUAAACACACUUACACCAUUUCUGAUAGAAACAACAAGAAAAUCUGUUUUAGAUGUACAGACUAAAGAAAAAUACAUCUUACAUUUCUAUCCCUAGCAAUAAUUGUAGGUGAACAUUAAUCUGUGUGUUAAUUUGUUAAUUAUAAUUUAGGUAUUUACAGCUGUGAAUUUCUUUGCUUCCGGUUCCUAUGGACACUUUGUUGGAAAUAGUCAUCAAUCGUUUUCCAUUUUAAAUUGGUAGGUAAUAAAGAUAAAUACAUAAACAAGUAAGGUAGGUAUAUAAGAAAUAAGUAUUUAUUAUUUUGUAGAAUUCAUGAUUUCUAUAAUAAUAUUAUAAAUUUGAUAAAGGAUAUUACUAAUAAAGUGACAACACAAAAUAAACAUUUGAUAAAUUAUCACGUCAUUGGUAUAUUAUUACAUAACGUAUUAUAUUUUCGUUUCACGUUCAAGAAUUAAUAAAGUUGAUAACAAAUUAUCGUGCGAUAUAUAAAUUGAUAAUUAUCGUAUUUGAUAAAUUACCACAGCGAUUCAAGAAUCGAGCCCCAGGUCCGAUACCCGGCGGCAGAAACACGAUCCUUUUUUUUUUUUUUUUUAUUUUUAUUUCUCGUAUUUUCGUAUUAUAAAACAAUGUUGUUUUAUAAAUACAGCACUGUGGUUCUAGAUAUUAUGUUAGAAAUAAACAGAUCUGUAACGUACCUGGUUAGAUACAAACACGUGUCAUUAGCAAUGCCUGCAGGGACAUCGCAUUACAAAAUGUCAACAAAAAAAAUCAAGAUAUUGGACGUUAUAAUGAAACGCGGACGAUCUCACGUGUUACAAUUGUAUACAUUAUAACUAAUUACAAUUAUAAUAAUGUAUAUAAUAAACUUAGUGUAUGCAUCAUAAUCACUUGAUUUGGGGGGGGGGGGGAGUUGAAAUUGGGGGGGCUUAGCUCUCUAUUUUCGCCUAGAUACUAAUCUAACCUCCUUCACAUUCUUCGUGAAAUACAAAUGGUAUUGUUUUAAACAAGAAAGUGUAUACGUUUAGGUUUUUUAGGUGUACAAACUAUUACGUUGGUAUAUUAACCUAUUAGGUCUACAAACACGGCUAUUUUUUGAUUUUUCUGACUAAAUGUAAACAAAAUUUUAAUCUUCCUAUAAUUUCUCUCUGUAAAUGCGCCACUGUUCUUAAUUUAUUUUAUGAGUCAAAUAAAAACUAUGCAAGUUUAAUUACGAUAUUAAAAUGCAAUUAUUUUAUUCCAAUGAUCGUUUCGUGUAACCCGAGUAAGUCGAGUUUUCUAUGACAUACAAGAAUAUAAGCAUUACAAAGUAUGUUCUCGCAUGGCAUACAAUAACAUUAAUAACUAACAAAUAUCGUCUCACUCGUUUAUUGAUUUUGUUACGAGUAAAUAAUAUAAUUUUACGUUAUUUGUUCGUCACGAUUUUCAUAUCACGUUUUUAGUAGAGUUUAUGUACGGUUUCUACUUUAUGUUGAUUUAACGAUAUCCGAACUCAAGAUAAGUGUACCUGUUAAUAUUAUGACGAGUAUAAAUAUCGAAUAUCGUGUUUGCGUUACUUAUUUGAAGUUGUAUAUAAUUAUAUUUUGAUUUAAUUAGGUACUGAUAUGAAAGUUGGUUUCUACGUUUAGAAAAAAAAUAAAAAUAUACGCCUGAAACGUUUUUCAGACAAAAACGGGGGAAAACGUGUCUUUUUAAAUAAACCCGGCAACAAUAAAGUAGAAAACUAGAAACAUAAUAUUGUUCAGUAUAUUAGGUUCUUUACCCCAUCUGUACUAUACUCGUUUAGCGAAUGCUUUUCAAAACGUUUUAAUGCUUUAUUAAUUGUCUUAUCGACUUUCUAAACGCGUUCUAAAACCACUAAACGUUUUAUUAUGAUUAAUUAUAUUGCUAUUGAUACUCGUAUAUUAGUGUAUUAUUAUUUAUCGUGCUGGAUCACAAAUCAUUAAUUAUAGACCGUUUCUCCUCCCUUAAGGACUUGUUAAUUAACAAUAACAUCGAAAUAAUCCAGAAUUAAUUAUCACAAUAAUAAGUGGUCAUUAAAGGUUACUAUACAUAAUAUAGUAAUUGUACAUCACACGUUUCUGAAGAAGUUCGAUGUUAUAUACGUAUCCAUAAUAAUUGAAUAGUUAUAAUCUGAAUAAAGUAAGUAGGGGCGUAGUGGGAACCGAAUUCAGGUCGAGAGAUUAUUGAAAUUGAUCCAGGUCACCCAUAAAAUACGCACUAACCAAACAAAAUUGUUCUCUCGUUUUAAUUUGAACCGUUGGCGAAGCGAGGAUUUCGAAUUGAGGGGAGCUUAAUACGUUUUUAAACUCGAGACACAGGCGAAGAUAAGAGUGCGGAACGCGUUUCGACCCCCGACAGUUUAGACAAAUUAUUUCACAAUAUACAUUUGAAUGUAAUAAUUUAAACGAAAAUGUAUACAAAAGAAAACUUAAAAGGUACUGAAAUAUGAACACAAUAUUGUCUUGGCGUAACGUUUUACUUAGUUUUAAAACAAUACAAGUGAUUAAAAUAUUUCCCAUUUCCAGACCGGCCAAUCCGCCCCUGAAAACCGUUGCAUUUAAACAUACUUCUUGAAACAAGAGCAUACAUAACAUAUAAUUAUUAUUUAAAAGGAAAAAAAAAAGACAAAAACCCCGACGCAAAAUGCGGGGAAUAUUUUCAUUUUUAAUGUUUCUUAUAUGUACCAUCAACACAAAUAAAAGUUUCGGGUAAAUAUUCUACGAAAAGAUGUCUGGGUAUAGUUGCUUACAUUAAAUGAUUAUAAUCGGAUUAAAAAAAAAAAAAAAAGCAAAAAAGUUUUCAACAAAUAAUCUUGAGAGGGUUGUCUUCCAAUUAUAUUUAUUGAAGAACCGCGUCGUAACGAUUUGUCGCGUACACUGGCGGCAGUUCGUUUUUGCCAAAAUCGAUUUUAUUUAGUUAAUAUGCGUCUAUGCGGUAUGUUGGUUUAGUGGUAUUUCAACUCAAGUACACGUUUACAUUAUGCGUAUAAAUAUCAAUCGUCGAAUAAAUAUUUUGUAACUGUUCAAAACCGCCUCGGUCUUUUAGAUUACGAGCGUAGCGAGGGAGCUAUUGGUUUUACAAUGCUGUUUUUUUUUUUUCUUUGUUGUAGUCUGUGGACACGUUUUUUCCUAGUAAACCCGUUCCAAUGUAUACGUGUAGCACCUAUUCUGAGAGUCCAAGUUGUCUAGAUUGUACCUUAAAGAUGGAAUUUUUUUGAUUUUCGCCAUUUUUUAAAUAAAAGCACUCAAGUGGGAAAAAACGUAGGGAAACUUAAAAUUUCACGAAUUUUAUAAAAACACGGACGAUGUUUUGUGCCAGAAAAAAAUGAUUUAAUCGGAAAAUCACACAAGAUGCUUUUUUUGUUGUCUUUUCAAUUUACUUUCUCGUCGCCAAAACUUUUGAGCUUUUAAGGAAUUUAAAUUUUUGGGAGUUUUUUGCUGUAAUUCGGUUAUAAAUACACGUAGAGACUUGAAACUUGGUAAUAAUACUUAAAUUGGACUUACCUAAACGUGGUAAAAUGUCCAAAAUCAUUGGGUGACUUUUUUUUUAUUUAAUAAUCGGUUUGAAAUCAAAUUUCAACGAAAAUCACAAAAUAAAAAUACGGCACUUCAAAUUAACGUAUUACCGAACUGCACUCGGAAUCGUCUUUUAUCAAGCAAAAGUUUAUUGUUGCUCACAGAUAUAAAUGAAAUAAUCUUAUGUAUCCUACCUUCCCAAAUUCUCACUUGCAACCAGUGGUGGCUUUGAGAGUGAGGCAAGUGAGGCGGUGCCUCACCUAAAAGGGAUUUUUGUAUUUUAAAAUAUUUAAAAUAUUAAUUUUCCAAUGAAGCAAUUAUAGGGAGGGGCUAAGAGAGUUAGCCCCCUUGAAUCUUCUGAAUUCCCCCCCCAAAUACAGAAGCAGAGCUUUGUGAAUUACAUUUAUUUAAUAUUGCAGUGGUAUGGCCUCUCACUCAGGUCUAUGAGUUAAUCGGGCCAUUGUCCUUUGCACAAUAAUUAUGUGGGAAAAAUGUUUAAUUAUGUAUAUUUUAUGAAAAUUGUCAAAGGCCGUCAUCGCGGUAUUAUAUUUAUUCGGCACGCACGGCCGGUGUCGGUGUCAGGCGUAAUUUAAUUUUUAUGGGCGUAGCAUGAUAUAAUGGUGAAAUAAAGAUAAGGAUGUUUUAGAAUAAUUACUCGCUAUAUAUGUUUUUACCCGGGUAAACACGUGACUAUAUUAGCUGACUUGUAAGCUAAUACUCGCUGUAUAAUAUAUGUCUAGACUAGCGAACGCCGUUUCACUGCGGAUAUACGUUUUUUAAUUGACCUAAAAAUGUCAGAACCGAAUACGCGAAAUAAAAUACGCAACGUUUUGUCGUGACGCAUUAUACGAAACGGAUUUUCGCAAUUUCCCCCCUAUUUUUUUACGACCGCGCAAAAGAAAUAUUAUUACGCGUUCUUGAACCUAACCUCAGAAGUCCUCCGCCCUAAUAAUGAACCGCGCGCGUGUGUGUUUGGCAGAUUGUCGCGAGGCCGACAACGACGACGACACGACGCGGUACACGAAACGAAUUUUGACGAUCGUCUGCCGGAGAGCUUUGGGCCUGGUGGACGACUACUGCGGUUAUUUCGCCGAGGUCGUCGGACACAUGGAACGCGACGAGCGACGUGACCACCUGUACGCGUACGGACUUUACGAACUGGCCGCGGAGCAGAUAAGCCGUGUCCAAGUGAGAGCAUUCGACCUGUUGCCGUUGACAUCCGGCGAGCAUUUGUGUAUAAUCGAUAUCGCGGAAACGUUUUGUCUAAACUUAACUGUUUGUCGUUCUUUUUUUUUUUUUUUUUUACAACAAAAUACCAUUUUUCCCCAAACAAAUGUCGUACCGGUCGCACAAUUUCAAAACGCGCACCCACCUUCCCCUCCAUCCCCGAAAUAUUUUUACGGAUUUACGGCGUUCCACGUCGAUCUAAAUAUAAUAAUAUUUAGCUUGCUUGAAUUCAAUUUCAAAAUAAUGUCGAAAUUGUUGUUGAGUCGAUGGCGAACGCAGGGGAAUGAGAGUUUAGGAAUAAUAUAUUAAUAUCCCUUCUCCUAUUGGUUUAAAAUAUAUAAAAAAAAAUAAAAAAUACGAGUAAUCUAAUAUCGAAAUGUAUUUAUUUCGGGCAAGUUAAUACUUAAAGAAAUACUCGAUGUAUUGAUUCGAAAAUUGCUUCUUUUUUUUAUAACCUUUUAAAUUACCAAUUCCCAUAGUCGAAUUGGGUAGAGAAGACGAUUUUACGAUUUAUUCACGUUUCUUAUUUGCUACAUCUCCUCCCGUUGAUAAUGCUCAGGCACGCUUCUGUAUUGAAUUAAAAUGUGUGUGGUAUGACCAUAAAUUUACUGCAGUAGAUAAUUUAAUAAGCUUAUCAUACGUUUUACCCGUCACGAACAUGAUUGAAUACCCGGAUGAGCAUAAGUAGAUUGUAUAAAACUGCAUUUAUAUAGGUUUCAUUGACACACAAAACUGCAUUUCGUCACUGAACCUGUAAGUUUGUUUGCAUUUUUUUUUUUUUUCAAAAUAUAGUAUAAAUACUAUAGAUUAUAGAACAAAGACAAAUAAGUACUUCGUUAUACGUUUUAAAAAUUCAUUUUAACAAAUUAUUGUUCAAUUUCAAUCUGGAAAACUUACUAUUUUUCCUAUAUUUAUAGAGUGUAAAAGUUUAUUGUUUAUCAUUAUUUACCCUUUUUCACUAUGUUUACAAAUUAUAGUAUAAUUUCAGAGCUUCUCCGAUCCAAAACAAUUUUUCGCGGAAAUUUGCAAUUUAAUAUCGGAAUUUCUCGUACUAUGAAAUAUCAUAUCAUAUAUUAUAUUAAAUAUGCGUAUUUUUUCCUCUAUACUAAUUAACAUAAUAUUCGCGCGAUCGCACGAAAUAAUGACGUUGUUAGUACGUGUUUAGUCACCGUAUAUGUUUUUUAUUGCAUUAUUUUGUGAUAUUAUUACUACUUUUUUAAAUUUAUUUUUUAACAUAAAACAAUUUUAAUUUUAAUUUUUUUACAUGGUAUUUGUAUUAAAUAUGAUUCGCAGUUUUAUCCUUCGUUUAUACUAUUUAUCAUUAAAUAAAUGGACAAAUAAUGGCAACAGUUAUUUUUUUAUAGCGAUUGGUUAUGAACUGUAUAAAUUGGAGUGAGAUAUAUUUGACGUAUGGUAAUUUAUUUGAAUUGUAUUGAGACAAAACGGACAAUCGGAAUCAUGAUAACUGAUUUAAAAAUAUUAAAUUAUAAAUACUUGGUCUACUGCAACAAUAUUAUGUAUUUAUUAUCAAUUGCAGGAUAGAUUUCAUUGAUUUUACCUACCUAUCUCAUUCUUGUACAAUUUUUAAAUUUAAUAAUUAAUUUAAAACCUAUACGACAUUUAUGAUUCAGCGCUCUUCAAACCAUACAAAUUUAUAUAAAAAUAAAAAUAUUGCACAACUUUAAAAAUAACUUCUUGACAGCCCUCAUAGUUAAAAGACCAAUUAUUGCGAAACUAAUACAAAAUUUGUGUUCAGCAUCUCCAAAACUGAUAGGUUUGAUGUAUCACAAAAUCACGUAAGCAAGCUAAAUUACGAUUCAGACCACUGUGUAUAUCCUCCUAACCUCCCCAAUCUAUAGCACACUGUUCCUGUUUGAAAACAAAGAUCUCGCACAUUCUUUUCGCUCGGAUCGGUGAAGUGUUUUCUGUUUAUUUUUUUUUAAAAUUCUUUAGCUCUUCUAAUGUUUACAAACUACAUGUGAUUUAAUAUUUAUCAUCUAAAAAAUGUCCAUGUUAUUAUACAAAACCUUUCCAUACCAAUACUUAUUAUGAAUAAAGAACUCGCGUGUUCAAAAAUUCACUUGGCAAAACGUCAUAAAACAAAACCUAUGGAUUAUAUUUGUACAUUAUAGUUUUAUUAACUGUGAUAAUAAUAUAAUAUUUUGAAAUGUUUUUUUUUGUUUUAUUUUGUCCGAGCAGUACGCAGACGAGAGCAAGAAAACAAUCCAAAAGUUAAACGAUCUGAGAGGACCGUACCAUUUUCAGUACUUUUACGAAAUGCGGUGCGCGUCAUUGCAAGCGUACGUUCAAAGAACGAUGAACGUCAGAUGACAAUUUGUUUGAUCCGAGGAAUCCGCUAUUGAAAUCUUCAUCGUUAUUAUUCUACACGAGGAAUGACCGCAACAUUUUUUAGUUUUUAGCAGUCGUCCGCGAGACGUAACGAAUUAUUUCCAUCCGCGGUUCUUUCAGUGUAACAGGAUAUUUUUAUCCCUUGAUAAAUUUAAAAGGGUAACUACAUACUGACAUAAAUAUACCCACAUAAAAAAUUUGCUCCCAUUAAAUGUAUACUAUUAUAUUUUUACCACCGAUAUAUUUUUACUAACGAUGAUGAAUAAAAUGCACCGAAAGAUUAAAUAUUGCCUAUGUUAUUCUUACAUCUCCGGUAAAAAUGCACUCAGAAGGUAAAUACUCGUAUAUCCUACGGUAUCUCCUUACAUACACAAUUGAUAUACACUGUGAAGGGCCAAUAUAUCCUAUCUUAUUCUUACUACCCCGAUAAAAAUUCACCGACAGCUUUUAAUUGAAUCUGCUGCCAAAAUACACCGAUUUACUGUUAUAUUGUAUACACGAUUAUAAAUUGCUUAAAAAUUAGUAUUGAGCCGGUCUAAUUUUGCAAUAAGCUCCCCCAUAAUUAGAACAAUAUGUCUUUAACCAACGAUAACUAGUUAUGUUCUUACUAGGUUCACUAUUUAUUGUGCUGUUAACUAAUUAUGUACUUCUUACGUAUUUCUAAAAAAAAAAAAACGAAAGACGUUGAUUCAUAAGUUAAUUAUUUAAUUACAAAAUAAUGGUUUGUUUUUUUUUUUAUAAUAAGAUGGAUAAUAAAGAUAAAAUAGGUUAUUGACAUACUAAAAUAACGUACCUACGCAUCGGCGUUCUGGAAUGAAGAAGAAACAUUGACACUGUUUUAUUAUUUUGAAACUUUAGCUGCUGAUUACGAAUUAAGAUACGAUCUUAGUUUGAACAUAACUACAAAAUAUGUUUAGCUAGAAAGAGACGACAGUCUAUGAAACAGUUUUUUUUAGCGUCGGAAAUAUUUUUAAGUUAGGUUAUGUUAGGCUAAGUUAGCACUGUUCAAUCCCUUAAUCUAGCCGAUAUACUGAACAGCAAAAACCAAAGGAGUACUGAACACUUUUAAUGUGGAAAGUCUCUAGAUGGCUUGUAAUGUAUCAGUGGAGGACCCACACGCAUUUGUCGAAAACCGACUAAGUUACGAUACGGCGUUUAAAAACCUAAACAUCAGUUUACCGAGUACGUUAGAAAAACGAAAGAUAUACUAAUCCCCCCCCCCCUUUCUCGGUGUAUUUUUACCCGAGACGUAUGAAUAACAUGGACGUUUUUAUUGCGUGGCUGCGAAAAAAACGUAGAAUAUAUUUACCGUGAGUAAAAAUUUACUAUAGUAAGUAUAUAUUUAUCACGGGCAAAAUAUUUUAGUUUAUAUUUAUCGUAGGGGAUAAAAUGUACUAGUAUACUACAUUGUCCCAUGUAAGCAAAUUUAUAUCAGAGAGAUAAAUGUAUCCUAGUAUCCUAGUAGAUUUCUACUGUGGAGAGUAAAAAAAUGAGGUGAAAUUGGAGUAAAAUUAUACUACCACACCGGCUCAUAUAUAUAUUUUUUUAUCAAACAGAUUUAAGUAUAUCGAUAAAUAAUAAUUAUUUCUUAACAAUUAAUAAAAUUAUAAUAUUAUAGCUCUAUAUAUACAUAGAAACUAUGCCGUCCGCAAUAUUAUUAUUAACCUGUGAAAUAGAAUAUUUUUGUAAUUUGUUCUUAUAUUGUAAAAAUGAAAAAUUAUUUUAUUACGUUUUACGGGAACGAAUCAAUUAUAAUAUUAUAUAAGUAUAAAAAAUAACCAAACUGCAGAGAUUGGUUAAAAAAAUAAUAAUUACCAAAUAUAUCAAUGUGAGUCUUUUACUGUAGGUCAAUUAUAACUAUUAUAUUUGUCUAUAUAGAUAUAAUUUUAAAUUAUUGAAUAUUUGAUUAUAUUUUAAUACAAUUUAACGAAUACAUAAGUAUUAUAUUUUCUUUAGCUUGUAUAGGCCAAUAAGGCUCGACAUUGCUCCGCACAACCUUGUCCAGUCUUCUCAAUUACCUAAAAUGUCUUCUAAUUUAUUAGGCUAUUAGGCUAUUCAUUUCAACUCCUAUAGACAUUUGAUAUUUUUCGCUUUUUCAAAAUAAUAAGUUUUUUAUCUUUAUCCCUAUUUUGUUCCAAUUCAUUCUCUUGUUCAUAUCCUAAAUUCAAUUCCUUUUUUUAGUUCCUUUAUUUAUCACCGGCAUCAUUAUUUAGCGCUGGUUAUCGGUUCUUUAGUAACAUUAUUUAUUAAAUAUUAAAUAAAUAAUUUUUUAGAACGACUUUUUUUGGCUCGUGUUUAUUUUUAUAAAAAAAAACAUAUUUAUGUUUCAAGUUUAUAAACUUCUAAUUUAAAAAAAAAAAUAACUCAGAUAAGCAGCUAGUUCUGAAACGGAUCAUUAUUCUUGAUUAAUAGUUUUUUACAUUAAAGUUGGCAAAGGUAUAUUAUAAAAAUAUUUUUUCGUAAUUCUAUUUUAUUAGUUAACGAAACCCUUCGCGUGUAGUCACUAUAAUAUGCUAAGUAUAUUUUUUUAUAUCUACCUACCUGUAUUUUAUUUUAUUUUAUUAUUAUUAUUUUUUUUUUAAAUUACAACAAAUCCUAUUUACUUUGUAAAAUAUGGUUAAUCUAUAAUUUUUUUUAUCUAUUAAAUGAAAAUGUAUAUUUUAUAUGCAAUAUUUUUCUUUAGAAUAUAGCUAAGAGGGAUAGAAGAAGAAGAAAACGACUCCGACUAUUAGUAUAUUAUUUUACCUAAACCAAUAACUUAAGUAAUUGAUUAUUAAUAAGAUAUUGAUUUCCUAAUUAUUUUUCCUACUUAUAAAUUAAAAUUCGCCAUAAUGAAUUGUUUAUAACAGAAAAUGUAAUUUUAUUAAUUGUUUAAUGUAGGUAAAUUCCUAAAGUAAUAAAUUAAUGUCACUUAUUCGUACAC